AUGGUCAAUAACGCGAUUGGACUGGUGUGGUUAUUGAGUGGGAGUUGCGAGGCCAAAAAACUCUAUGAAUUCUGGAUUCUCCUAGACUAUAUCCUGCCGCAGACGCACCGAGCCCAAAUAGACCACUCGCCAACCCCAGUGUUGCAGACGAAAGGAAGCCGGCGAGCCCACAAUCGCAAAACCCUGCAAGCUGAAAUAUUACAGCAAGCUGCCUUGCGCAGAGCUCUCGGAGAGGUAUUUGAAGCCAUCGAAGACAAGUUUGUUCUUGAGUUCCAGCAGGCCCUGAAAGAGAUCUUUCCGGCUUCAAGUGACCAGGACGCGAUCUCCUUUUUAAGAGCUAUCCAGCAACAAUAA